CCUCCCUCUGGUCGUCUAGCAGUUUAUGAACAGUUGUUGCCUUCAAGGAGUCCUAGAAAGACUCAGAGGGUACAAGAUGGCUUCCCAGCAGCUCUGUUUGAGGGUUAUUGGGUUGACUGCAUUGCUGACACUCACAACUCUUGGAGACGUGUCCAGCGAGAGCCGCCUGCAGAAGAUCUUAGUGAAAAGAAAUGYGGCAGAAGCUGAACACGCUCCAUCCAAGUCUUCGGUUGCCAUCCCUUCGUCUAAGGCCCAAGAAUUCCUGGCCAAGCUGAGCAGAACAAAGAGGAACGUCUGGGAUCGCAGCAGGCCAGACGUCCAGCAGUGGAUUAUGCAGUUCAUGCAAAUGGGAUUUGAUGAACAGAGGCUGGAGGCCGACCUGCAGUACUGGAUGGACCACGCCCGCUCCCAUGACCAGGGUCGACAGCAUCACUACGACGAAAACGCCCCCAUCGGGCCAAGGUCCUCUUACAGGCACGGGGCAAACGUCAACUACGACUACUAUUAACACCGCCCACACACACACACAAAUGUUCCCAGCUGUGUUAGAAGCUAAAGCAAAAUGAUGGCUUUCAUGCCUGCCAACAUUUUCACAGGAGUCCUGCCAACUUAUUUUGAUUGCAUCCGUCAGUAAAACCCUGCAAGUGUUUCUGUAUUCCUACAAUAAAUGAAACUGUUUAGCCUCAAGCUUGGAGMGCAGGAUUUAAAUGGAAAUAAAGACGAGGUUUGUACUGUC